AUGUUGCGGGCUGUGCUCUACAGCGAGUUUGAUCCGAUUGCAGGACCGAAACUGUCGCACCAGGUCCCCGAAGGAACGCUGGGCAAGGAGGGCUUCGAAGCCAUCACGGAUUACAUCAUCACCAAACCUCAGCUGUGCGGCAAGCUUAUCUCCUUGUACGUGAUGGGCUUCCCAGUGUGUCUGGAGCACAACAAGUUCGCCCGUAACGCUCUGUGGUUCAACGUGUGCUUCGUGUUUGAUCCUGAGGCCGACGUGACGGUCUACAAGCCCGUGCUGCGCAAGCUUGCCCAUCUAUUCAUCGCCCUGGAGUGCGAGACCGAGUUCCUUUCACACACAGCCACAGGCGACCGGCUUCGCAAACUGCUCGAACAGAUCUUCACCGACCUCAACGAGCGAGGUGGAUGCUGCAUUCCCAUCGAUGGAGCCAACACGAUAUACCUGCACCUGUUCCCCAAACGGUCGCCACCACCUGAGGUGUACCCGCACCAGGUCCCCGUAAGGAUAAAAGACAUCGACUCCUUGAUGACGAAAGAGUGGGACCUCACCAUGCAGCAGGUGGUGCCGUACAUCGACGGGGUGCGAUACGUCAAGAAGAUCGCCAGCGAGAGCGGCUGUCACAUCGAGCUAGUCCGACAAGUCAUCAAGCACCUCCUCUAUUACGAGUGCAUCACCAUGAUCGAUAUCUUCCAAUACUCAAACGUGUACGUGUGCACUCCCCGCAUUCAAGUACUGUACAAGAACAGCGCCAUGCAAAACGAGUGCCGGCGUUACGUCACCUUACCCGGCACCACGGCGCCACCAUUCGAAAAGAUCUUUGCUCUCUACUGCGGACUGCGGCCAGCCCUCACCUUUCGCGACUUCUGCCAAGACAACGACAUCCGAGCGCUCAACAUCGACGACAGGAGGCUGGUCACCUUCGGCUUGAUCAACGGGUUCCUGCGACGCAUACACAAGUACCCGCACUACUCGCCGCCCAACCCUCUGCUGGCCUCUGCCCAGCCCAAGAAUCGGCUGCCCAAGUACAUCAGAGAUCUGGUGGAUGGACGCCACUCGUUUGACGAGAUCUGCUGUGAGCUGGGCAAGAGCUACGACGAAGUGACGCAGAUGCUCGAAGCCGCACAAAACUACACCAUGAUCUUCAAGUGA